AUGGUUUGCAAUCACGAUGGAGUCGAUAAAACGACAGCUUGUUUCAUCAUCUUUCAUAUAAUAGGAGGACUAGGUCUUCUCAUUGCUGGGGCUCUAGCUGUAGAUGAAGUGUCAAACAUUCAAACAGACAACACCAAGCCUCUCCUGGAUCCAAUCCUUUACGAUUUUAAUCAAGCAGGUAGAAAGGUUCUCCAUAUGUUCAUUCUGGUCAUAGCCACCGGAGUACUUAAUGUCUUGGCAGCUGUAUUUGGAUUCUUUUGGAGAUGUAAAAAAGGAAGCUUGCCGUUUUGGGGACUAUAUACUUUUACAGUUUUCGUAGCGUUUAUAAUCCAGUUAACAUUCAUAGUGUUCUUGUUUACGACGGGAAAAAAGGUUGAGGGAGAUCUAAAAGAAAUAUUUAUGGCCGUUUUGAAAGAAAAUUUUAUAGAGGACACGACCUCAAACAUUGACCCUAUCUCAAAUGCGUGGAACCACAUGUUUAUGACGCUCGACUGUUGUGGAGUUAAUCCAGUCCUGUCUGUGACGAAUGACUUCGAUCAAACCCCAUGGUGUACAACUUUAGGUGCCUGCAAGAGUAGUAUUUCUCAAAUUCCAAAAACCUGCUGUACUGGUGUUGACGAAACCAUAUAUUCUUCUGCUCCAGAGAGUUGUCAUGGAAAUGUUACUAGUGGGACGUAUAAUGCGCAGGGAUGUUACGAAGUAAUAAAGAUGAAGCUGUUGUUUCAGUUGUGGAGUAGCGUAUUUGUUUUAAUCGGCGCCUUCAUAGUUUUGUUGAUAGAGUUGAUUGCUAUGAUCGUAGCCUUUGUGAUUUGUUAUAAAAACAAAUCAGAGAAAAAAACAGACACGACACCCGAAGGGACUCGCUCCAGUUCUGUGUCUGGAGUGCAGAAGAGUUCCACAGAAAUGUCCUUAUCAGAUGUUAGUGAUGAUGGCAGGAAUACAGACGCUGGCGAGAAAAGAUGAAUUCAUAUGAUUUGAAUAAUAAUACAUCAAAAGUAGUACAUGUAAAUCAAUUUUAAAUGAAAUGUAAUAUUAAGAUUUUUGUUCAUCAAUCUAAGAGUUAUUUAUAUACACUGUAAAGUUUGUAAUAUAUUUUCAAGAUGUGAAUAAAUAAAACAAUAUUUGAAUAAAAGAACUAUAAACAAUU